AUGUCCCGAGGAGACAAGGAACCUCAGGAUGCAGAUUAUUCCCCGUCCCUCAGCUACGAGCUCGAGUCCCUCAUCCUCGCCCGCUUCCCGAGCUCCGAGCACUGGAAGCUGAAUCUCGUCAACAAGCGCUUCCUCUCCCUCCUCAAAACCGGCGAGCUCUACCGCAUCCGAAAGGAGAUCGGCUUCCGGGAGCCUUCCGUCUUCAUGCUGGCCAGCGGCGAGACCCGCUGGUGGGCCUUCGACCGAGGCUUCGACUCCCGCCGCAAGCUCCCGCCACUCCCCUCCGACCCGUGCUUCGCCUCGGGGGACAAGGAGUCGUUCUGCGCGGGCACCCACCUCCUCGUCUCCGGUCGCGAGAUCGACGGCCUCGCCGUCUGGCGCUACGACCUGGCGGGCGGGCGGUGGGCCCGCGGGCCCGCGAUGCUCUCCCCCAGGUGCCUCUUCGCGUCCGCCACGUGCGGGGGUCGCGCCUACGUGGCGGGCGGCAUGGGGGCCGUCCCGGGGGAAGGUGUGUACGACACGGCCGAGCGUUACGACCCGGAGACCCUCUCGUGGGGCCCGCUCCCGAGGAUGAGGAAGAAGAGAAAGCUGUGCGCGGGUUUCUGCAUGGACGGGAGAUUCUACGUGGCGGGGGGGAGGAACGAAGAGGAAGGGGAGCUCACGUGCGGGGAGUUUUUCGACGAGGGGACGGGGAGAUGGGAGGUGAUACCGGGGAUGGUGAAGGACGACCCCGUGAGGUCGUCACACUCGCCGCCGCUGCUGGCGGUGGUGGAAAAUGAGCUGUACUCGCUCGAGGCGGCUACUAAUCAGCUGAAGGUGUAUCUAAAGGAUGAGAAUGCGUGGAGGGGGCUUGGGCGGGUCCCGCUCAGGGCGGACUGCAACAGGGGAUGGGGGGUAGCGUUCAAGUCGCUCGGGGACGAGCUGCUCGUGAUAGGGGCGACCUCAGAUUCGUGCGGCUACAUGGCAAUCUACACAUGCCGACCGAAUCUGAAAACGGGGGAGCUGAGAUGGAGGCGUCUGGACGGAGGGGGGAAUCGGCUCAGCCACUUUAUACUCAACUGUUCUGUUAUGAUGGCUUGA